UUUCAUAGUCACAUAACCAAGUAAACAUGGAGGAAAGUAAGAAUAAAUUAGAUAUUGAGAUUGAUUCACAAAAAAAAUCUUAUGCUGGUAUUCCGGAAGCAGAUUUUGUAGAAGAUGUAGAUGCAUUUAUGGCAAGACCAGAGAACGAAUCUGUGGAUAAAGUUCUCAAAAAACUUGAAGAAAAUCAUAUGAAAUAUAAAUUCAUGGAAUAUAAUUUGGUUAAUAAAAGAAGACGAUUGGAAGCACAGAUACCAGAUCUGGAAAGAUCAUUAGAAAUGAUCGAGAAAUUAAAAACCGAAAAAGAUAAUAGUCAUGAUUUAGAAACUCAAUUUCUUUUAUCGGAACAAGUUUAUGCUAAGGCUACUAUUCCUCCUACGGGUAAAGUUUGUCUUUGGCUUGGAGCAAAUGUAAUGUUGGAAUAUACGCUUGAUGACGCUCAAGAAAUGUUGAGUAAAAAUAUUGAAGCUGCCAAGAAAAAUUUAGGAUAUGUCGAACAUGAUUUAGACUUUGUCAGAGAUCAAUUUACCACUAUGCAUGUUAAUAUGACAAGGAUUUACAACUGGGACGUUAAGCGUAGACAAGCACUCAAGAUCUCAUGAAAUAUCAUUUUGUAAUAAUAACUCUCUCACACAAUUUCUGAAAUUUACAAAUUUGAUGAUAGUAAAUCUAAUAUCUUCGCUUAUAUUUUAAAUCAGUUUAUGUCAUCAAUAAAAUACAUUAAUUAUCAAAAAUAUAAACCAGUUUUUAUUUUUGCGAUACAAUAAGCUAGAAAAUACUUCAAGGUAAUAUUGUGCAAGGCUAUUUUUGUAAUUGUUAUUUAUUUAUGAAAAUACAAAUAGACCUAAGAGUAUUAUACAUGUAUGUAUCACUAUAUUAUUAUAUAAAAAUUAUUAUAUAUAUGUGAUCUAUAUACUAGUAUCUAAAGAAUAUAAUUGUAACGAUAUGCAUGAGAUCAUAGAUAUUAUGCUGACAUAAGAGAUAGUAAUACUAAAAUAUGAUUUCAUUCAAUUUAUAAUAUAUAUAUAUAUAAAUGCUAUUAAAUGAUAGCAUUUAUUUUGUUAUAUUUUCAAAAUAUAAAAUAUAAUUGUGUCAUCAAUUUAGAUUGAAU